CUCUAAUAGUGACUAGCAUCCAGUCUCUCCUUACAAUAUUAUCCCAAAUUCCAACAUUAAGGUCAUGAGAAUGAAGGAAAUGACCAGCAAGUGAAAAAGCCCUUGGUUGUUAAACACAUUCUCCUUGUUUCGUCCUUAGGAGCGUGUUUAGCGUCUUCACCAUCCUGUGUGACAUCCAAUGCAUGUCUUUCUCUGCAUCUGUUUCGUGUCACUUAUGAUACAGUCAAGAAAAUGCAUUACUACAGUAACUGUAAUCAUCAGUUUGAUGACUGCCGGUAACUAAAUUUAGACAACAAAGCAAUUGGCCUCUGUUCGACGAUAAUAAACUUUUAUUAAAACCGUUUUUUAGUUCAUUUGAGUAUAAAACUGUCUUAAUUCUGCCAUGAUUGCUGCCAGAACGCCCACUGUUGCAAAGGCUCGCUCCCUGUGCUACCGGACUGUACCGUAAUGUACUAAUGAUUGACUGAUCGAUUGUCUCCGGCUAAUACACGUAAAUACGUGUUCAGUAAACUAGCAUCAAAAUAAGCUCGUAAGCAAAAACUCGGUGGUGUCGUUAAAACUCUCCUAUCCAUCCGUUUAGGAUCCAUAACAUUUUUACUUGCACUUGGUAGCUCUUCUGAGGUAUGUAUCCAUCAGCUGUAUGAGAAGUUCACAGCGGUAUAAUGUAGCAGUCGACUAUCAUAGGUUUUCUGUUGAACAAUGGCCCGGCGAUUGAUUACGAUACGUGGCUGUUUAGGUCAUGAACACUUCGACACCGUUUAUGACAAGUAAUGGACAUAAAAAGAACGAUUAGUGCAGAAUUCUCAGACAUAGAAAAACGGGAAACGGUGGCUUUCCCUACUCGUUUUCUCUCUCUCAAAGACAAUUCGUCACCGUUUCAGGCACCAUCUUGAUAAUCCAUUUCUAAUAUGAAAGUCACAAAUACCAUGAUCGUAUACGACACAAGAAGAGAGCAGCUGAUUUAUUCUUUAUAAUCGUGAAACGCUGAUAUCAAAACGUUACUUACUAUCUCUCUAGAGAAAAUGGCUGAAAUCUAAGAUUCCGUGAGUAUCAAAGUAAGAUACUUGAUAGGUAGGCACUCUCAUUUCUGUUUUGCAGCAUGAAAACUGCCAUGUUGGUCUGUUUGUGGUUUGCUGUUCUGUUAUCAACUGGAGGUUCUGCUCAUGGACCGCCGACAAAGAAUUUACACCGCAUUAUGACGAGGAAAGAAAUGAUGGAAUAUUUUGGCGUAUCAGAACACAACGAAGUUCCAGAAUACGACGUAAUUAUUCCAUACCAUUCAAAAGAAAGUGGUAAAUUCGUCUCUUUGUCCCUCGGCCAAUCGCGACACCGAAGAAGUGUAGGUGAAUCCGAGGUCACGCACUACAAAUUGGCCGCGUUCGGCCAGGAGCUUCAUGUGACAUUAACACGAAAUGGUAUACUGAUGAAUCAUGGGCUCACUGUCAAGACUCAAAACGCCGAUGGAACGAUGACUUCACGUCCUGUACCAGAAAAUACUUUUUACCUAGGACAUGUUUCUUCGGAUCCGGGCUCUGUGGUGGCCGUCAGCGAAUUGGGAGGACUGGUAAACAAAAUUCUUUUAAGAUUACAUUGA